UCUAAAUAUAAAAGCUAUCCAUUAAUUUCAUCUGCUUCACGUCGAGGCCGCGCAGAAUACGGGUCGUACCCGGAAGUGAGGUGACGUUUUUACUCUCUAAAAGUGACCCAUCAUCCAAAGAAAAGGAGGACAGCUCAGUUGUUUUGAUGGAGAGGUGUGAGCUGCUUGUUCCAGCAGCUGAGUGACCAUGGACACCCUGUCGAGCCACAGUUCCUACCUGCUGCAGCAGCUCCAGGAGCAGAGGAUUCAGGGGCUGCUCUGUGACUGCAUGCUGGUGGUCAAAGGUGUCUGCUUCAAAGCUCACAAAAAUGUCCUGGCUGCUUUCAGCUCCUACUUCAGGUCUCUCUUCCAAAAUUCCCCCAGUCAGAAGAAUGAGGUGUUCAACCUGGUCAUCCAGGAUGUCAGCGGCAUCGGCCAAGUGUUGGACUACAUGUACACCUCCCAUCUUGACGUCAACCAAGAUAAUGUUCAAGCACUCCUGGACAUUGCUCAGUGUUUGCAGGUUCCAAACAUCCAGAGCAUGUGUAACACUUUCCUCAAGCCUUGCCCUCCACCAGUGGAGAUCCCGUCAUUUUCCCUUCCGGGCAUGCUGAGCUCCGAGCACGACUGCCUCUUGGGCAGCGGUCUUCCUCAUGAUGUUGACCUCCACUGUCCGUCUGAGACCCAGAGGCCCGGCUUCAGCAGCGACGUGGACCACGGCAAAAGGCUGCCUUUUUCUUUGUCGAAUAGCGGCUCAAACUGUGACGCAGCCAGCGGCACUCAGGCACCUGUUGAAAAACAGCUUGUCCAUGGCUACAAGCUGCGUAACUUCUACAGUAAGCAGUACUUCAAACAAAGUGCACUUCAGUCUAAUAGUGCAGCGUCAAACCAGGGCCCAUGUCCACUGGUGCUGGUGGAGGAGCAGCCGUGUCAGCUCGGAGUCACCCAGGGAGGCAGCCACACUCCUGUAUGCUCAGGGAACACUGCUCAGCCAAGUCCUGCCUGCACAUCUGCAGCAGUUGAAAAGAACCCUGUGUCUUCUUUAACACCCUCAGAUAACUUAAACACCCCCAACUCUAACACAGCAGACUCCAUGCUCAACAAGACAAUGCGGCCAAAGAAGGCCGUGUACUUGAAGAAGUACAACUACCUCCGGUCUCAGAAGGCGUUGGAGGAGAUGUUUGCCGAGUCUGUCACUGAACCCGUUCUCAGCUGUCCCAAAGAGAGUCAUCAAGAGGAGUCUGUCGUCCAGGCUGAAGCUUCAGAAGCUCCCGUUGAGGGCCUGAAUGCAGACAGGGAGGAGGUGACUGAGACGCCAGUGGAAUCACAACUUCCCAGUCCUCCGCCUGUGAACCAAGAGGAGCAAAGCCCGAAAAGUGUGCCGGAGCCACCGCAGCAGACAGGACACAAGCAGUACUGUUGUGAGGUGUGUGGGAAGAUCUUCAAACACCCAAGCAACCUGGAGCUGCACAAGCGCUCACACACCGGUGAGAAGCCCUUCCAGUGUAAUGUCUGCGGGAGAAACUUCUCGCAGGCUGGGAAUUUACAAACUCAUUUGCGACGACAUUCUGGAGAGAAACCGUACAUCUGUGAGUUAUGUGGUAAAAGCUUUACUGCAUCAGGGGACGUCCAUCGUCACAAAGUGGUCCACACAGGAGAGAAGCCACAUCUGUGUGAUAUAUGUGGUCGAGGAUUUAACAACCUGAGUAACCUCAAGGAGCACAAGAGGACUCACGGCACUGACAAGACAUUCACGUGUGACCAGUGUGGGAAAUCCUUCAACACGCACAGAAAGCUUCUGAAGCACAAGGCUCGCCAUGUUGGGGAAAAACCACACAGCUGUGCCACCUGUGGGAAGAGCUUUGUCGGCUCAGGAGACCUGCAGCGUCACAUACGGUCUCACACUGGUGAGAAACCCUACAUCUGCAACGCCUGCGGGAAGAGCUUCACCCGCUCUGCUCUGUUGAGGAGGCACAGUAACAUGCACUGCAAGGGGGCCCCAGCUGACAGCCCGGUCACCGACAACUCUCAUCCACCCCAGAGCUCAGAUGGAGCGGCCUCGUUCCCCAAACCCACCAGCCACGUUAAACCUCUCGCUGCAGCCCGUGAGCAGCAUUUCCCCAGCGUGAUGCCCCAUGGAGGGUUAGAGAAACCCUCACCGCCCCCUACUUCACCACCACAACCGACACCACAUGUAGAGACUCCACCCCCCAGCAUGCACCUGAGCCCAGCUUCUACCCCCACCCCACUUCCAGAGCUGCGCUCACUGGUACCCCAUCACCUCCUCUCCUCCAGCCACCAGGAGAGAAGCGCAGCCCUGACUGCCACCGAGCACAUGAAGCUGGCCAAAGCCCACCUGUCUCAGGAGGUGGUGUACGGCCCCUAUAUGGAGAACGGGAAUAUGUCAGUGGAGGUGGGCAGAGGUCUGGUGGGGAGGCCUUACCUCCUGCCUCCUACAGACAGUCACUGCAGCUCGCUUACUACUUCAGGCAGGCCCACAAGUGGGUCCCACAGGUCCAGUGAGGGCCAGUUUGUCUCCAGUGUCACUCUGUGGGGCCUGGCGAUGAAAGCUCUGCAGAAUGAUAACGACAUGGAGCAGCAGUAGUAGUUGCUUCCUCUGCCAAUAAGCACAGCAAAGUCAGUUCUGUGCUGUUCGCUGACGUUAACUUAGCUGACUUUUAUUGUUACCAUCUGGCUCUGUAUUGGUUAAACCUGACUUGUCCACACAAAGAUGGUUGCUGCUUUGAAAAAGCAAACACAAGAUGAAAAUGCUUCCUAGUUUUUCUGAAGUGAAUUUAAUCAGGGACCCUCUUGUGUCUUACAGUAGAGGGAUGAAAGCUACGCUACUCUCAAAGCUUCUGAUGGUGAUGCGUCUCUGGAGUGUUUGUAUACUGCACUGCACUUUAACAUGUGAACAUACUGAGCUAUUUUCAACUACCAGUGUCACAUUUUGAUCUAGUUUACAUUCAAAUAAAAAGUGUAAAUCUUA